AAUGCCCGUUUUCUCGAACGUUAAUCUGAGUUUAAACUCGGUUCAUCCUAUUUCGAAACUAUAUGAAAAAAAUUGAACUGACAAUGAGUUUGAACCGCGUCGGAGAAAACGGCCAUAAAAGGGUCGCAGCUUUUGUUGACGUCGCGAGUAAACGGAUAGUUUUGCGACUCGUUUUCCGGACAACGGACCAGAGCGAGCUGCGUUAAUGGCAUUUCGACGGAAAGAAAUAUUCAGCUUGAAUUCAGAAGAAUAAGAUUUACAGAAAAUAUUUUUACCCCACUCGAGAUUUUCUCGAGAUUUUCUCGCGUGGAUUAUACCCCGGACUUGAUUGUCGAGCUCACGAGAAUUCUUUUGUCACAUAUUUUUUUCAAAAUUUUUAUCUGCUUUCACGUAUUUUUCAACUUCCAGAGAUAUCAAAUGGUGAUCGUGUGGCUUGAGAGCAAUUAUAUAUAGGGUCCUUCGUGGUGGAAUCCCAAUGAGGAAAAAAAAUUUUCAUUUCGCUGUUUUCAACGCACUCGAAUUAUUUUCGUAGAUUCCUUUUUCUCUAUAUUCUAUUGAAAUUCCAUUUUUUCAAUAUGAAAAGGGCAACGGCAAUAUACGAGUGUUUGUUCGAUAGCACUCGCUCAACUUUAUUGCAGCUUGCAACGGUUCGGUGUGCACUAUCUUUAUUACGUCUAAAUAUGCCGAUUUUGUGAUGCGUGAAUAAUUCAGGGAACUAUCGAGUCUAAUAACUAAGAAAAUAUAUAUUUUUUUCAAAACGAUAAAAGUGCUGCGACUCGUGAUUCAUUUUUGCAAUGAUUUGCGACCUUGACCCAAUCUUUUCACUCCAUAAAUAGAACGAACUGAAACUAACCUCAAAAUAAUAAGCUGCUAUUUAAAAUAAUAAAACGUCAACCGCGAUCUCGUUGACACUAUUUGAAUGUUGGAUUUUGUAUAAUUUUGCUUUAUACGUCAGUGAAUCGCGAAAUUUUUUACAAAAAAUCAAUUUGAGAUAGCGAAAAAAUGAAAGAUUUCAAAAGUUAUACAAUUUUCUUCUCCAGUGAAAAAUUCUGGUCGCACUUUUUGCCAAAUUAUGUUGAUCUCAAACGAAAUUUUCUUUUAAUAUUAUGUAUGUAUUGGCAUUAAAAUAAACAACUAUGGAUUUAAAAUCGGAUAAAAAUGAUGAUUUAAUAAACGAGAUUAUGGGUAAAAACAUAAUACACUGGAAUUAUCGCGGUCUGUCACAACUUCCUGAAGCAAUAAGAUUUUGUGCUCAGGAUGUGAAAGAGAUAUACCUUAAAGAUAACGAAUUAAAGACGUUACCAGAGUGGAUCAUUGAUUUGGUGAACGUGACACACUUAUAUCUCAAUGGUAAUAAUUUGAAGGAAAUACCACAAGAAUUGGGCAGUAUGAGGAACUUAACUCUAUUGAAUCUCAGUAAAAAUGGAAUCUGCGAAUUAUCUACUUGCAUAGGAGAUCUUAAGACGCUUGAGAGCCUCAACUUGAAUGAUAACUAUUUAAAAAAUAUUCCUAAAGAAUUGAGCAAUUUGAAAAAUCUACGUUCACUGUCGCUGUGCAACAACGAGUUUAUAGUGCUACCCGAAUGGCUGGGCUCUCUGGAGAAAUUGGAGCAACUAAAAGCGGAUGAAAACUCUUUGAGAGAAUUACCAAAUCGUUUGACCACGGCUCCUAAUCUUUGUGUCUUGUCCAUCUGCUCAAACAGGUUGACUUAUUUGCCUCUCAACGGAUUUGUCUCCCAUCCUUCUGUCUACUUUCAUUCCAAUCCAUAUUUGAAUUAUCUGUCCUAUCCGAUGUUUCGUCAGUUAAUCCGCAAUCCUGUCAAUCGUAAUAUCCCCCUCACCAAGGUUUCAACGAAUCCACUAAUCACGAGAGACAAUAAAAAUUUACGAAUUUCUACAUUAUCAAAAGAAGGCGAAAAAACUGUCAUCGAAUUGCCCAGGCAAUUAUUGAAUGUUCAUUCUAUCAAUAUUAAUCAUCCUGUAACGCUCUGGGAAUUGGCAGUGAGGAGACUUCAUACUUACAGAAGGGAAGUGCAAAAUAUUGAAGAAGACAACGCAAGCCUCCGUGUUUCAUACAAUUUACUCAUAAAUGGUCCAGUCGCAAUUUGCAGCAAUGAAAAUUGCCAGGAGCCAAUAUUUACGGAGACUUGGUUGGUAGUAGUGAUCUCGUGCCCUCGAGAUUCAUUUUCGCAGCGAGUACCAAUCGUUGUUCUCUACUGUUGUAAAAACUGUGCACUCCACCAUGAGUUGCUUCUGGAAGAAUUCGAAGAGAUAAAAUGGGAUUUAGUUCAUCAAUAAUAAACUGUACAGUGUGAAACGUUUUCGAAUAAAUUGCUUUUUUGUCGACGAUGCAAAAAAAA